AUGCAAGCACUCCCACCCAUUUCUAAGAACACUGUAGGCAGUCUGAUAACUCACAGGCUUCAAGCUGCCCUUACAAAGUUGUUCCACUUUUGCAUACUUCCUCAUACUGCUAGUUUCUCUGUGAAGAUGAAGCUGCUCGUUUACUUAGUCUUGCUGAAGACAGCUCUCCUUGCUUUAACAAAUGUCUUUGCAGUUGUUUUGGAAGAUGGAGAGGAUGGUAAAGAAGGAAAAGUUACUGAGACUUGUCCUAUAAAGCUCAAAACUAAUCGGAAAUGUGAUGAAGGAGAGGAUUGUCCAUAUCAGAUAAAUCUGCCUCCUAUGACCAUCCAGUUACCCAAAGAAUUCAGACUGCUUGAGAAGACUCUCAAAGAAGUACAGACCCUUAAAGAAACAGUAAACAAGCUGAAGAAAUGCUGCCAAGAUUGCAAGCUGCAGGCAGAUGACAACCAAGAAAGAGAAAGUAGUAAUGAAUUCCUGCUACCUAAUGCAGAAACUCCAGCAGAAAACAGCAAAAUCCAAGAUAACAGAGUAAAGGAACUGCAAAGCAAAGUUAACAGAAUGGCAACCAGCUUAAAAAAUGCAAAGAGCCAGAUUCAGACACUGCAGGGUCGUUUAGAGAAGAUGAGCCUCAUAAAUAUGAACAAUGUAGAACAUUAUGUUGACAGCAAAGUUGCUAAUUUGACGUUUGUUGUGAACAGCCUUGAUAACAAAUGUUCUUCUAAAUGCCCAGCAAUGCAACCAAGACCUGUUAUACAAAUAAUGCAGAGAGACUGUGCUGAUCAUUACACAGCAGGCAGAAGGAGUAAUGGAAUCUACAGGAUUAGCCCUGACCCCAGAAAUGACAGCUUUGAAGUCUACUGUGACAUGCAAACACAUGGAGGCGGCUGGACAGUGCUGCAACGGCGUCAGGAUGGUAGCACUAACUUUAACAGAACCUGGAAUGACUACAAAAAUGGCUUUGGAAACCUCAGCAGGGAGUUUUGGCUGGGGAAUGACAAAAUUCACCUCCUGACAAAGAGCCAGGAAAUGCAGCUGAGAAUUGAACUUGAAGAUUUCAAUGGUAUCAGAGAGUACGCGAAAUACGAACACUUCUAUGUGGCCAACGAAUAUCUAAAGUACCGUCUAAGUGUUCAUGGCUAUAGCGGCACAGCAGGAGAUGCCCUUCACUACAGCAGGCAUUACAACCACGAUCAAAAGUUCUUUACAACUCCGGACAAGGACAACGAUAGGUAUCCUUCAGGAAACUGUGGAGCAUACUACAGCUCUGGCUGGUGGUUUGAUGCAUGCUUGUCUGCCAACCUCAAUGGCAAGUACUACCACAAGAAAUACAAAGGUGUUCGCAAUGGCAUUUUCUGGGGUACAUGGCAUGGUAUUUCUGAUGAUAUUCCCAGUGGAUAUAGGCAAGCCUUUAAAUCAGUAAAAAUCAUGAUCAGACCCAAAAGUUUUGUGCAGUAAUUCUACACCUUUCUCUUAACUAGUUUGCAUUGGAUUGCACUCAAAAUCAUACUUACUCAGUAUUAUACUCAGAAUUCAAGUAUUUAGUUAUGUUUGGCAUAAAAUAGUUCUAGACAAAACAGCAUACUUCCACAUAAAUUUUUAGAGAUGGUUUGACCCAUAUAAUGUAUUAAAAACAGCAUGAAUGUUUCUGAAUAGUUAUUGCUAAAACUUAGCACAGGUUAAGUCUUGGUAUCAUUAUGUAAAUAUUCUAAACAUUGCUUUUGGUGCUUUUACUGACUGUCAUAUACCAGAUUUUAUGAUUUAAAACUUUUAAAUGGUCUUCCACAAAUUGUGUCUGAAUGAACACCUACAUUUUAACCUGAAAGUAUCUCAGAGGUAUAACUGAUAACAUACAAAUUUGUCAACACUUAGAAUGAAAAUAAGUCUCUCUGAAACAGCCUGACUUUUUGUAUCAUCUAUCCUUCACAACUUCAAAGGUAUACCAUGGCAAUAUCAAUACAAAUGAGGAAAAGUACUACAAAUUAUUGUUUUUAAAGGACUAGGAAACAGAGGGCCACAUGGUUUGCCCAAAGACACAAAAAAAGCCUUGAAGAAAACUUAGAAAAUUAAGAUGAUUCCUCAAAUCUUAUCCUCUUUAUCAAAGAUUAUUCAGAGAAGUUGGUGAAAGGAUUAAAUAAAAGCAAGUGGAAAUAAUGUAGAGAGCACGUAAUGACAGACAACAUUUCUUGCUCAUUUUGGUUCCUCUGUUCAAGCUCAAGCUCCUACUUGUCAUUUGUAGGAGAAAGGAGCUGUUAUGUAGCUUAUUGCACAUUUAUAUAGGCAGGUAGACAGGUAGGAAGAAGACACAUCAAGAAGAAUCCAUGUCUUUGCAUUAAUGCCUCUAAAUACAUACAAAAAGAGUUUCCAGUGCCAUUUUGCUUUUUCCUGAAUCUUUUAGGUAAGCCAACUGUUACCACAUGACUCUUGUAGAGACUCAAGCUCUCAUUUAAGUACUUCUCACUCUAGGUACCAUUAGACCUUAAAAUUAUAAGAAAGAUUAUAAAUAUUUUGUAAGAUGCGAAAAGAUUGUGUUCUCCCCAUUUUCUGAAUACCCCUUUUGUAGCCACAGAAACAUGAACAACCCACUGGCAAUUAUAAACAGAAAAGACAAUAUGUGAAAGACUUUUUUCUUCUAAAAUAUAACAAAUGAAACAAUCAAAUUUUCAAAUACUUCAGGAAGUGCAAAUUAGAGAUACUAUUACUAAAGCUUAUGUUGCAGAUAGUAAGCACAAAUUUGACUACACAUAUUUAUCGCCUACCCUAGAAAGGACAUGUCUCUAUCAUUACAGUGACUAACAUUCUGAGCAGAGAUGCAAUUUAUCUUAGCAAGGGGGUAUUUUGCUAUAUUGCUUAUGCCAAUCUUGAGAUGCAGAUAAACUAUACUAAGACUGUAUUUCUUUACCAGUUAAAGUGUGGUCUUUGCUGGCAUAGGCUUUUUGGUUACAAAACAUAUGCCAAAAAGAAAAAAAAAAAAGUAUACACACCUGACCUAAUACUUUACAAAUAUGACUUUUACUGUUUUUUGAGAUGAUAACAAGAACUAUUACGGUUACAAGUUAUGCAAAUGAGCAACAGUGCAAUUGCUAAAUUGUAAAAUAUUAAUAUAUAUAUUUUAAGGAAGUAAAUACUUUGAAGGAUGUUUCAGUGUGAAGUGUAGUUUGGUUUAUUAUAUUUCAAAGAGUAAUGGCAAAUUUUAAUUGCAAGAUGUAUAAUCUUUGCUUAAGAACACGUUUUGAAGCUAUAGAAUAUUUAUUUUGGGAUAAAAAAGGAUUGUCUAAAAAAACGCAACUUAUGAAGUAUUGGUUAGAAGAGCAAAUAUCUAAUUGCAUAUGAUUAUAUUUAAUCAUUUCGCAUGAAAUGCACAAUUUGCUCCUAUUCAUUAUCUGGUAACUAGCUAAGUAUGACUUACAGUAUCUACAAGCUUCUACUUGAAAAUGUCUUUUUCCUGCUAAGUUGUUAGAAGAGAAACUGUCCUUUUUUUAUCCUGUUUAAAGGAAACUUUGUAAAACACAGAAAUUUUAAUAGAAUAAGCAAAUGUGACUAUCAUCACCUACAAAGCCUUGUCUGAUGUCUUAAAAAGAAAAAAAAAAAGAAAAAAAAAGAAAAAGGAACUGUAAUGUUGUUACACAAAUCUGAAUAUUACCUGCCUGGAACUGUUGUAGCUGAAUCUCUAUCAAUGUGUACUAGUUUUACAAAGUGUAACUACAUCUACUUGUUGCAAACAUUAUUUUUUUUUCCUUGGUGUAAUAAAAUUAAGUCAUACUGUUAAAGCUGUA